GCGAUGGCGCCUCAUAUUAAUCAGGAAGACGCACUCAGUCAUGUGACUCAGUCAAAAUGGCGUCGGGGCAACAGUGGGUGUUGGUAGAGAUGGUACAAGCUUUCUACGAGGCACCAGCAUAUCAUUUGAUUUUAGAAGGUAUUCUCAUUUUAUGGAUUAUCAGACUGCUGUUUUCCAAAACAUAUAAACUUCAGGAGAGAUCAGACCUCACAGAAAAGGAGAAAGAGGAGUUAAUUGAGGAGUGGCAGCCUGAACCGCUGGUUACUCCCGUAUCGAAAGACCAUCCUUCCCUUAAUUACGAUGUGGUCACAGGCCCUCCAAGCCACAAAAUCAUUGUAAAUGGGAAAGAGUGCAUUAACUUUGCCUCAUUUAACUUCUUGGGUCUGCUCGACAAUGAGCGUGUGAAGUUGAAGGCUUUGGCGUCACUAAAAAAAUACGGUGUGGGAACUUGUGGACCAAGAGGAUUCUAUGGGACCUUUGAUGUUCAUCUGGAGUUAGAAGAACGCUUGGCAAAGUUCAUGAGAACAGAGGAGGCUAUCAUCUACUCAUAUGGCUUCGCCACCAUCGCCAGUGCCAUUCCUGCUUACUCCAAGAGAGGAGACAUCAUCUUUGUCGACGAGGCAGCAUGUUUCUCCAUUCAGAAAGGCCUCCAGGCUUCACGCAGCUUCAUCAAAUACUUCAAACACAAUGAUAUGGAGGAUCUAGAGCGCCUUCUGAAGGAGCAAGAGAUUGAAGAUCAGAAGAAUCCACGUAAGGCGAGAGUAAUCAGACGGUUCAUUGUAGUCGAGGGACUCUAUAUCAACACUGCAGAUAUCUGCCCACUACCUGAACUGAUAAAACUGAAGUACAAAUAUAAAGUACGAAUCUUUUUGGAGGAGAGCAUGUCUUUUGGAGUGCUUGGAGAACAUGGAAGAGGGGUCACAGAGCAUUUUGGGGUCAAUAUUGAUGAUAUUGACCUCAUAAGUGCCAACAUGGAGAAUGCGGUGGCAUCCAUUGGAGGUUUCUGCUGUGGACGAUCAUUCGUUAUUGAUCAUCAGCGUUUGUCAGGUCAGGGUUACUGUUUCUCAGCAUCCCUUCCACCCAUGCUGGCCGCUGCUGCUAUUGAAGCCCUGAACAUCAUGGAGGAAGAUCCAGGCAUUUUCAGGGUUCUGCAGGAGAAGUGCAAACACGUCCACAAAGCACUGCAAGGGACUCCAGGAUUGAAGGUGGUGGGAGAGUCUUUAGCUCCGGCUCUCCAUCUACAGCUGGAAAACAGCACAGGAUCCAGAGCAAAUGACUUGAAGCUGCUCCGAUCAAUCGUCGAUUACAGUUUGGACAGACGGAUCGCGCUGACUUUGGCUCGAUACCUGGACAAAGAAGAGCGAUUUCUUCCACCGCCAAGCAUUAGAGUAGUUGUCACCGUCGAGCAGACGCAGGAGGAAAUCGAGAAAGCAGCGCAAUGCAUUCGAGAAGCAGCUGUAAACCUCCUGAAAUGACGUUAACGCAUCAACAUGUCCAUCACACACCACGAAGCUUUAAAUGUGUCAUUGACCUGAGAUCAGCAGAGACAUGAAAGUGAGAGUCAUCCUGCCUGAUGGUUCUAUGACCUUUGGCCCUGAAGACCUCAACAACACACUGAUUGAACCCGUUUCUGUUAUAUUUAUGUUUUUCCGUACUUGGUGUACAGAUAAUGUGGAUUAUUUUAGUCUCCAUUUCACAUUGAAAUAAAUGCAGAGCUGAUUUUUCAUGCUGUUUGCAGUUGUUGUGCACCAUCAAACCUGUUUAUGAUCUGUUCAAUGCCUUGAAUAAUGAUGGGAGAUCUUAACUAAUCAGUAAACAUAGCAUAAAAUGUAAAGUAACUUUUUAUACACUAGUAUUUACAUGUUACCUUUGACCAAAGAGUUGCUUCUUUACCACAUUUCAAAAUGUUCAUGCACUGCGUAUGAAUUGUGUUCGUUCUCUAGCUGUGAGGAAUUGUACAUUCUCAAUAAUACAGUUAAUCUUAUGUGGACUUUUUCGGUAACAGUGCAGUGUGAGUGUUAUAGAGCAAAAGCUCACACACAGAUAUCAAAUAUGAUCAAAUAGUUUUGAUUCAGUGAUUGUAAUUAUGUCAAAAUGUGACUUUGUUUUUAAGCGAAAUUCAGGAAUAAAAUACAUUUCUUUAUACAAAGUA